ACCUAACCUACAGCCUUACUUUCUAUAACUUGACUUUUCCUAAUAUAAACUAACAGGGCGGUCAUCUCAAGAAUACCCUUCUCAAAUCUGUCAUUUUGCCUUGUGAUUUCCCCAAAAUUUGAUUCACCAUACUACAAAGCUGUAAUCUACAAUUCCGAACCAACUCCCAUGUCAACAUCAAGAUUGAUCACCCCUUCUAGCUUGAACAGCCUGCAGAUCAAGUUCUAUUGCCAAUCUCGAGCCCAGAUCUUCAAACCCAGUUCUUGCUUGGCAUUCUCAAAGCCCCAGAAUGGCCUUCUGCAUAUCUGCAAUGGCCGGAGAGCUCAGACCAGGGGCUUGGUCGUCCAUGGUGGCCUCCAAUCAGGAGGCCCACUUCCUUCAGAACCACCUCCAAGCUUGUGGCCAAACACGGCGACUUGGAUUCUGGCCGCGAUGAUGACCCUCGGCUUGCCCUUCCUGAGACACAAAUGGGGGCCGCUUUUCAAGUUCAGCAAGGAAGCUGAGGCCGUGGUGGAGACGGCGGACCAUGUGGCGGAAGUUAUCGAAGACGUGGCUGAGGGAGUGGAGAAAGUGAUGGAGGAGGUGGCCGGUGAGCUCCCGGAAGGUGGACGGCUUGGCCAUGCCGUUGAAUUCAUCGAAAACGUGGCCCAGGAGACGGCUAAAGAUGCCCAUUUGGCCGGAGACAUCAUUGAUAAGGUUGAAAAAAUGGAGGAGGAGGUGGAAUCGUUCAUGGAAAGGGCCGAUGGUGGUGAAGUCAGUGGCACCCCCAAACAAGGCACUGAUCAGACUCAGAGAUAGAUAGGCAUCAACCACCAUCGAUGUGCCUGCCCACUUUGAUCUGCGUAUAUAUAUAACAUAGGAUGUGCUAAAUCAAUCUAUCUGUUAAUGCAAUUUGAUUUUCUGUGCCUUUUAAUAAAUUAUUAUGAAUACUUCAAAAGAUCAGAGUCCACAAUAAAUUUACAAGAGUUGAAAACUGUUAUAUUUUGAUUCAAUUAGUUGAUUUUCUAAUAUAUUCUUAUAUGUUUUACGUUUUAUAUUCUCUUAUUUCAAUCACUAUCUUGAUGAUUGACACUUAAUAAGAUUAAAUUAGACUUUUUUUUAUUCGUGACUGUCGAUCUGAUUUGCCGUGUAACCUUCCAAUAUAUAAAGCAAAGUGAAAAGGCCAAGGGGCAUUCGACUUUUCGUCUCUUUCGAUAAGCAGAAACCUUAGAGAUAUCGAAAAAUUCUAUUCUUGUAUCGGUCUUUUUUAUUCUGUUAUGGAAUGUGAGAGAGAUCUUGAUAAUUGUUGUGAGUGAGAUUGCUCGGGCUAUUGAGUGUAUGUACUCUGGUUUAAAUCAUCGAUAUCGGAAUCAUCGAUAUCGGUACUAUAAGUUCUUGUGAUUUUUUCUUUGAUGUAUUCUUUGUAAUCGAUUUUUGUAAGUCUCUUGUUCUCUUA